AUGAGUGGUUUGGAACUCGGCCUUGCUUUGCCGGGUGUCAUUGAUCUAUGCCUGAAAUAUGGGCAUAUAAUUGUGACCAAAUAUAAGGAUUUCAAGCACGCUGAUACAGAAAUCGAAGAACGCAAACUUGUCAUCGAAGCUGCGUGGAUCAAGACAUCGGAGCAGUUAGCCUUUCUCCGUCGAGUUUGGGAUCAAUUGGGCGACCAUUACCGGGACUUGCAGUUCCGAAUUCUCCGUGUUUUCGAGAGCAAGCUGGAGUCUUCCGUGAGAGAGCUUAGCACACUCGACAAAUCGAGCACUGGGACCAGGGGAAGGCUCUCAGAGAAGUCAAGAGCGGCGAAAUAUGCUCUGCUGAAAAAGGAGUCUCUGGAUAAGGCAGUCCGGGAUCUUCAAACAUGGCAGAAUGAGUUCGACACGACCUGGUACAUGGUCCUGCUGAUUGCUGACCCCUCUAUUGAUGAGGCGUUGGUGAAGCGCACAGGGACGGAAAAGCUAUCCACUGCUAGGCAUUUGCGAAGUGUGCUGCACCCGGAGCAAGACAAAGAGGCUUCGAUCUUUCUUUCCGAAAGUUUCAUCUCGUCUGCUCAGUACUCCGAGAUUCCGUUUUCAACAUCACAGGUCAUCGAUAUCGCCGAUCAGGGAGCAUUCAUAUUGGACUCUGCGGACUGUUCUUUUAGAAGCGAUGCUUCGACAUUUGCCAAAAACGUCCGGCACCUAGCUAUGAAGCUAAACAAGAUCGAAGAAAGCGGUUUUCAGCUUCUGAGAUGUCAUCGUGUGGUUCGAAGGAAAGACCCAAAUGACAAGAAGAAGAUUCGCUCAUUCGACUUCAUCUUGAAAUUCCCUGAAGGUUGCCACAAGCCUCAGAGUCUUCGAAGUCGCCUUCUGUCAAGAGAAAAGCACACUCUCAGUGAAAGAGUCAGCAUGGCUCACCAGCUCGCUACAUCCAUCAACAAUAUUCAUACACUUGACUUUGUGCAUAAGAACAUCCGCCCAGAGACAGUUUUGGUAUUUGAAGACAACGCAUUAUAUCUACUGGGCUUCAGCGGAUUCCGCCUAGCGGACAACAAAUCAUUGCGACUGGGUAACUCCAUUCUGUCUGAGAAUAUUUACCAGCAUCCCGAUCGACAAGGGAGCACACCAGACGCCGACUAUGUGAUGCAGCACGAUAUAUACAGCCUUGGGGUAUGUCUUCUCGAGAUCGGGCUCUGGGAGCCCUUCGUAAACAGAGAUGGACAUACAAGCAUCCCGCUUAGUGAUGCGAGCAGCGAUCCAUCUGCCCUCGUCAGAGACAGGUCGCUGAAGGGCCACUUGGUGGGGUUGGCGAGAGAACGACUACCGGUUAUAAUGGGAGACAGAUACACCCAGGUUGUUGUGAACUGUUUAUCAUGUCUGGACGAGACGAACCCAGAUUUCGGUGAUCAGAGUGAGUUUGAAGAUGAUGAUGGGAUCUUGAUCGGAGUCAAAUACAUCGAGAAGGUACAGUGCUUUAUAUCCAACCAUAUCCCAGGGAUGGGGGCGACUUCAGGAUUGAAAGAUCAGACACGGCUAAUGAAGUUUUAG